ACGGCGGGUUCAUAUUUCAACGUUUAUAAAUCGUAUACGCUAUUUGAAUAAAAUACAUUUUACUAUAGUAAUAUAAAAUUAAUUUAUAAUAAAUAAAAUAAAGCACUGUUUUACCAGUAAUUACAGCAAAAUGAAGAAUAUUUUUUUAUACGUCGUUUUCUUUUGUUCUUUUGAAAUAAUACUUGGUGAUAGCAAAAUCGAUCUUUGUGAGGUGUGCAAAUGUUCUAAAAUAAAAAAUCCAGAUAAUAAGCUUUCAAUAUCAUGUAAGUUUUCAUAUAUUGAUUGGGAAAGAGUGGAUUGGCCACGAAAUGAUGAAAAAAUUGAAAUAGAACUUGGAGCAAGCGGACAAAACAGCGGAGCAACCAUGUUGCCAAGAUUCCCCUACAAUGAACAGAUAAAAUUUAUCAAUAUCACUUCAAGUGGUAUAAAAUCUGUAAAACCAGGAGCUUUUAAAAAUCUGCCCAACUUAGAAUAUUUAUCGUUAACUAACAAUAGCAUAAAAUACCUCGGAGGAAACAUAUUUCAAGGACUCAAAAAACUUAAAUCGUUAGACCUUUCCCAAAAUAAACUGACCGAAAUAACCAGCGACGUUUUUGAAGAUCUUCAAAAUUUGGAAGAAUUGUAUUUAGGAAAUAAUGAAUUGACUAAAGUGCCAAUUGAGACAUUAGAAAAUUUGAAGGAGUUAAGAACUUUAGAUUUGUCUUCAAAUAUUAUUUUCAUUUUGAAAACAAAUGAAUUGAUGUUACCGAAAUUAAAGAACUUGGAUUUAAGUAAAAACAAUUUAACCGUCAUUGCCAGUGAAACUUUCAGCGGACUGAAAUCAUUAGAAAAUAUAAACUUAUCUAACAAUAAAAUUGUCAACAUUGAAUCAAAAGCAUUCGAUAUCAGUAACCUGAAAUCUUUGGACAUUUCGUACAAUCGACUUUCCAAUGUUCUUACUCUACCAGAAAGUAUACAAGUUGUAAAUCUUGAAUGGAACGCUUAUAUAUUUUGGCCUUUUGAAAAGCCCAUUGAAGAAUUGCGUUAUUUAAAUUUACGCCAAAAUAACAUACGAAAAGUGAACUUGGAUGAAUCUUACAAAAAACUAGAGACCUUAAUACUUUCCGGAAAUGUACUCAUUGAGUAUCCGCGAAUGAAACUAAAUGAGCUUUCAACAUUGGACUUAAGCAACAAUGAUUUUUCAAUAUUACCAGAACAACUCGACAUAAAUCUAAUGCCCAAUUUGAGACACCUUUCACUAAGUGGAAAUCCAAUUCGCAAAAUUAAAUUUGAAAAUAUCCUUUCCUUGGAAACGCUCGAGAUAAACGAUAUGUCAAGACUUACAGAAAUUUCGGGACUCGAAAACAUACAUGGCAGAAUAUUUGUCGAAUCAAAUAAACCUUGUGUUCAUCUGAGCAUUUCAAAUUGUGAAUUGCUGGUUAAAAUACAAAAUGAUGCUUUUGAAAAUAUAAAUUUAUGUAGUUUAAAUUUGAGUCAUAACGCUCUGAAAGAAGUGCCGCUCUCGGUGCCAAACGACAUAGAACUUGAUUUACAGGGAAACCCUUUGAUAUGCUCUUGCAGCCUACAAUGGUUUUUAGACGAUAUAUUACCAUUUUUGUAUAAACAUCACCAGCACGUUUUACCCGAAUUGCGAUGUGGUUCUACGCGUUUGGUUUAUUGGUACAAUUGGCCUGGCAAAGUAUUGUGUGAUAAAGACUCAAAGAAUUAUAUGAAAGCCGACCUGAAAGAUUUGAGCCUAGCAUCAAGCACAUACCAUCAAACA